UAAAGAAUGAGGAAGUAAAAAACAUUUACUGGCGCUGAGUCAACGGAAAAGCCGGAGUGUGGUAUUUUUAUGUGACUAGUUGUACCAACUUAGACAGCUCUUUUAAAUUAUGUUUUGCAAAACGAACCUGUUUUGACAAGUGUAAUAGCUGUCUUAUAGCCAUGUAGCUAGUUAGCUACAAAUACAGCUACUGUUGUGGACGAAGAGGUUCGGGUUUCAGUAACUUGCCUUAUUAACCCUCUGGGUAUUCUCAAUGACAACUUGGUUAGCUAGCCAACGUUAGUUAGUCAAAGAAAAUCAGGUUUCCACAACCGAUAAUUCGAGAGUGGAGCCACAUAAUGGCAUACUGCGACAAGACAGGUGAUCUUCCCUCAGCUUCUCUAAACAAUGAAGACAAUCGUAAUGGACAUGACCCGUUGACAGAUAAGCACCCGACUCCACACMCCAAAGGAAAUGCGAACGAUUGCUGUGCCACUGAAGAAGCCCGAACAGUGUCUGUCCCUCAUGGGUUGUGUGUAAAGAAGAAAAAGCUUGUCCUUCACAUUGACCUCAAUAACACCAUCUUGGUGUCUGAUGCUGUGACAAGUCAAGGAACUAUUGCAGCUUUGGAUUACUUUAUUUCCACAGUCACAUGGGGACAAAUGAGUAAACAAGGUAAAUGGAUGUGGAUGAGUGACUCACCUUCCCUACUUCCACCAUGUGAGGGCGCUGUCAGCUACUACUCCCAGUUUGGCCGGGUGGCAGGCUUCACCAGCUCCACUGCAGGUCGGCGAUUCCGGGGCGUGCUGGAUGAGCACCUGGCGAUGCUGCGAUGGCCGAAGGAGCUGAAGGGGGACAAUGAGCUGGCUGUGAAGGGGGAGGAUGGACAGCUGUACCACUGGAUCUUGCCCUCCUUCUUCCAGCUACUGAAAGACCUGGUGGCAGAAGGGAGGGACUUUGCUAUCCUGUUCCGCACUUUUGGCUCUGACCUUCCCCGUGUGCUGUCUGCAGUGUCCCGUGCCCUCACUCAGGGCUCCCACCCACUCUUCCCUGACCUUCCAGCACUUAAGCUGAGUGUGAAUGAGACGCCAGGCCAGAUCCGCUGCAGUAAGAAGGGGGCGGUCCUGACCCGGGCAGAGGAGCGUCUGUCGACCCGUGACGGGGAGCGAGCCCUGUACCAGUACCUCAGCUCUGUCCAGUGCCUGGGGGGCUUCCAGGACCAUUUUGACUGGUGGGCCAGGAACACCUACUCCAUCCUGGGAGGGAAACCUCUGUGGGUGGACCCCUUCGACCAGAAUGUCCAGCACAUCUUCAUCGAUGACAACAUUCGACAGAAUGACAAAGACACCAUUGUCCACCCAAAGGUGUUUCUGGACCGAGACGGCUCAGGAACCCGCACAGCCUCCACCUCAGAGCUGUAUGACCUCUGUCUGGUCCAGAACGACCUGCUCAGGGCCAUCUCAGACCCAGAGUACUUCACCCAGUGCAUCAGCAUCUGCCAGGAGAACUAUGACAGGAACCUUCAGCAGGGGGCAGGCUAGAGUGGUUUGUCUGUAGCCCAGAGGUCCAGGGUGAGAAGGGGUUGGGAGAACUCAGGUCUGUAGACUGGAGGUGGAAGGUAAAAGGGAGCUCCUGUAGUUGCUCCAACUCGUCCUCUAAGGUCAAUAUUCUCAGGGUGUGUGACACUGGCAACCAAUAUAUUGCAUAUGUAGAAGGCAUUAUUUUGUAGUAUUAUUUUGCUGCUGUUUUUAAAUUAUAAUAUAUAUAUUU